AGAACCUGACCCCAGAUGAGGGGGUCAGCGACCUGGAGCCGGACGACGAGCAGAUUCUGGAGGGAAGGUGGCUGCCGCCGCCCCCCUUUCCUGUCUUCCUCGACUCUCCACCCCUCUCCGGGCGACACGGCGGAGGCGGGGGUUGGGGGAACUGGCCUUGUGUUUUGGAACAGCUGCAGCAGGCGCUGGGCCCGCCUGGAAUGCGGGAUCAGGCUGCGCACCAGGACUUUUAUGGAAACUUGCUGCUGGAGACGGCGGCGGCGGCGGCGGCGGCGGCGGCGGCAGCCAGAGGGCUCCCGGCGGCUGGAGCGGCGGCCGGAGUGCUCAGACCCCUGCCCACAGCCCGGCGCGGGACGCGCACAGCCCCUCGGCGCGCAGCGAGGACUUACGCGAGUCGCAGGAUCCCGGCAGAUUCUGCUUUCUUCAACUAAACCUGUCUCAAAAACCUAUGUGCCAAAACUUGGCAAGUGUGAUGUAAAGGAUAAGUUUGAAGCCAUGCAGAAAGCCAGGGAAGAAAGAAAUCAAAGGAGAUCUAGAGACGAAAAGCAAAGAAGAAAAGAACAAUAUAUUAGAGAGAGAGAAUGGAACAGGAGGAAGCAGGAGAUUAAAGAAAUGCUUGCUUCUGAUGAUGAGGAAGACAUGUCUUCUAAAAUAGAAAAGGCUUAUGUUCCAAAACUAACAGGAACUGUUAAAGGUAGAUUUGCUGAAAUGGAGAAACAAAGACAAGAGGAACAGAGGAAGAGAACUGAGGAAGAACGAAAACGCAGAACUGAGCAGGACAUGUUAGAAAAGAGGAAGAUACAACGUGAAUUAGCAAAAAGGGCAGAGAAGAUUGAGGACAUAAACAAUACGGGAACUGAAUCAGCAUCAGAGGAAGGAGAUGAUUCACUACUUGUAACAGUGGUACCUAUCAAAUCACACAAAACAUCUGGAAAAAUACAAAAGAAUUUUGAGGACCUAGAAAAAGAACGAGAAGAAAAAGAAAGGGUCAAGUAUGAGGAAGAUAAAAGAAUAAGAUAUGAAGAACAACGACGAUCUCUCAAAGAAGCAAAGUGUCUUUCAUUGGUCAUGGAUGAUGAACUAGAAAGUGAGGCAAAAAAAGAAUCACUUUCUCCUGGAAAAUUGAAACUAACUUUUGAAGAACUGGAAAGACAAAGACAAGAAAACCAAAGGAAGCAAGCUGAAGAGGAAGCAAGACAACGUUUAGAAGAAGAGAAGCGUGCUUUUGUAGAAGCAAGGCGGCAAAUGGUAAAUGAAGAGGAUGAAAACCAAGACACAGAAAGCAUUUUUAAAGGGUAUCGCCCUGGUAAACUCAAACUCAGUUUUGAAGAAACAGAAAGACAAAGGAGAGAAGAUGAAAAAAGAAAAGCAGAAGAAGAAGCCAGGAGGAGAAUAGAGGAAGAAAAGAAGGCAUUUGCUGAAGCAAGGAGAAACAUGGUAGUAGAUGACGACUUCCCUGAGAUGUAUAAAACAAUCUCUCAAGAAUCUCUCACACCGGGAAAACUGGAAAUUAAUUUUGAAGAAUUAUUAAAACAAAAAAUGGAAGAAGAAAAACGACGAACAGAGGAGGAACGGAAGCAUAAGCUAGAGAUGGAAAAACAGGAGUUUGAACAACUGAGACAAGAAAUGGGAGAGGAAGAGGAAGAAAAUGAAACCUUUGAACUAAGCAGGGAAUAUGAAGAAUUAAUAAAAUUGAAAAGGAGUGGCUCUAUUCAAGCUAAAAAUCUAAAAAGCAAGUUUGAAAAAAUUGGACAACUGUCUGAAAAAGAAAUACAGAGAAAGAUAGAAGAAGAACGAGCAAGAAGAAGAGCGGUUGACCUUGAAAUUAAAGAGCGAGAAGCAGAAAACUUUCAUGAGGAAGAAGAUGUUGAUAUCAAGCCUGCAAAAAAAAGUGAGGCUCCCUUUACUCAUAAAGUGAAUAUGAAAGCUAGAUUUGAACAAAUGGCUAAGGCAAGAGAAGAGGAGGAACAAAGAAGAAUUGAAGAACAAAAGUUACUACGCAUGCAGUUUGAACAAAAAGAAAUUGAUGCAGCACUACAAAAGAAAAGAGAAGAGGAGGAGGAAGAAGAGAGUAGCAUCAUGAAUGGCUCCACUAUUGAAGAUGAAGAACAAACCAGAGCAGGAGCUCCAUGGUUCAAGAAGCCUCUAAAAAAUACAUCGGUUGUAGACAGUGAGCCAGUUAGAUUUACUGUUAAAGUAACAGGGGAACCCAAACCAGAUAUUACAUGGUGGUUUGAAGGAGAAAUAUUGCAGGAUGGAGAAGACUAUCAAUAUAUUGAAAGAGGAGAAACUUACUGCCUGUAUUUACCAGAAACUUUCCCAGAAGAUGAAGGAGAGUAUAUGUGUAAAGCGGUCAACAAUAAAGGCUCUGCAGCUAGUACCUGUAUUCUCACCAUUGAAACAGAUGACUACUAGCUUCCCAUCCCUCUCCCUGGAACUGUCUCUCUCUCUCUCUCUCUUUCCCUCCAACUUUAUUACAUCCAGCUUUUCUGUGGCGGGGCCAAAAAAGGGAAACCAGAAGAGCCAUUAUGUUGACUUCUUAUUCCUUUUCACAAAGUCUUCAAAACACAAGCUCAUCUAAAGAAUACCUUCUUCCUUUCCAAAUGAGCACCAGACUCAUCGCCAUAUUAUGCAGAAGUUAAUGUGUAUUUUAAUGAAAGGGGAAAUUUUACUCAACUAUUCUUCAGAACCUGUAACAGCUGUGUAUUUAAAGUUUACAGAAAUUGUUUUUAAAAAAUCUUAAGUAGACACAUUAUUUUGCAUGAAAGAAUGCCACAUAUGAGCUAUUUAUACCUAAUAUUAGUCUGAAAUAACUGAGACUUAAUGAAUUUGGAACCUGUUGAGUGGGCUUUGUUCCUUAUAGUACAUCAUUUUGGUGGCUGUAGUUUCAGUCUUUAUGAAGCAGACUAUAUGAGGGGAGAGGGUGCCAUUCCUUUUACGGGAAAGGGGAAACAUGGAGGAAAAAACACAAAAUAAAAAACUGAAGACUUUAACAAUUGCCAGAGAAAACUUGAUGGAAACCACUGCCUACACUGAGUUCUGAAUGCUAAGA